AAACUAUAGAUACCAACAUAGUUAUGGUGCUUUUCGACCUACAGCUUAUUCUUCGCUUACACUUCUCACCACUUGCUCGCACAAAGCUCUUUCCUAGUAGUUCUCUCUAGUCCAACUAUAUUGUCUUUUGAGUAGACAUGUCUGUAAAAGAUGAAAUUAAUGAUUUUGAUGAUAAAUUGCUAGAAUCUCUUGGCGACAAUGCGGAACUGUCUGAUAUUGAAUUUAUUGAGCAAUUCUCUAAGCCGCUUUACAAUCCUUCAGAAAGCGCUCCUAACCAACUGCUCUCCUUAGAAAACUCAAUUUCCUUAUUUGAAAAAGGAAACUCUGAAUUGACGAAAUUACGAUCAAAUUUGGAAGAGAAGAUAAAAAAAUAUGACUCUGCAUCCAAACACAUUCAGUAUGACUACCAAAAGAAAUCCAAUCACCUACGAGGCAAGUUUUCCCAGGUGUUGGACCUAUCAAGGCAUUUAAACGACAAUGUAGAAGAUAUGAGAGGCGGUCUUGUAGAUGUUGGAAAAGAAUUAGAACUCGCUGAAAAUCAUCGAAAGAGGAUUCUGGCUUCUGCCGACUUGAUUCAGUAUUAUUUGGAAUUUCGUUCUGGAAGCUCUCAAUCUCUCAUGGAUCUAUUUCGAACAAACAGUCAUGAUAAAAUGCUUUUAUGCGCUCAAAGAACUCGACAACUAUCAAGUUUCGCAAAUGAAAUUGAAUUGCCCGGAGCUUCUGAAACGUUAAAUCGCAUAGAAAAGUUUUCCGAGUUUUUAGAAACCAGUUUUCUAAAGUUUUUUAAUAAUGAGUAUAGAAAGCCUAACUGGAAAGGAAUGGCUUCUUUUGGAACUAUUUUGCAGGAAUUUAACGGCGGGGCGUCUGUAAUUCGGGAGUUUGUUAAUCAACACGAAUUUUUUAUAGCUGCCGACAAGCUUGAAUCGAGAAAAGGAUUGGAAGAAGAUAGUAUUUGGAACGCCCUCCAAAAUCCUUUCCAACCUGUGCCAACUUCCAUAAAUAGCCUUUCUUCCCUUUUUAACGAACUAUGCUCUGUCGUUGACAGAGACUGUGCUGUCAUAAAACGUGUUUUUCCAAAACCAGAGCUUGUUUUACAAACACUUUUUCAGAGAAUUUUUGGACAGUCUAUCCAAAAUCGUAUAGAAGAGAUUAUGGAAGUUGCCCGUUCUAAGACAAACCUGGUAUAUUUAAGAUCCUUACAAACAAUAGUUUCUUCUUUAAGAGAGCUUUUAGUUGAGUUGAAAAAAAUUUUGACUCAUCGCGGGUUUAAUGUUUCUGAUAACUCCCCCCUGUUCCUUGCUUUAAAUCAAUAUUUGGAGGAUUUACUAGUUCCGUAUGUCGAGCCAAAUGAGUAUCUCAACCGAGAGAGGCAAUCUUUAACUUCAAUGUUUUGGCUGAAUGUCUAUAAGUUUCUAGCUGCGAAUCCUUUCAAACAACGAGCCAAGCCCGGUCUUUUAAGAUCACUUAUGAACCCUAUUCAACCAUCAAAAAUUUCGUCAACGGAAUCACAGACUCGUUUUAAUACAAAAACAGAAGGUUAUCUACUAAGAAUUGCAGGUGUGAAUGAGAAUUUAAUCAACUCAGGUGCCGCCGUGACCGAAAGUACACUGUCAAUACCUGAAGACGAAGGUCAUCUGGAUUCAAAAAAUAUAUAUUCUUUUAUUGGUUGGCAUGCUGAGGCCUUAAAUCGAGCAUCCCUUUUGAUGUCCCAGCAAGAUCUAACUACGAUACUUUUUUCCCUGGUGAAGCUGCUGGACGAGUUAGUCAGAAACCGAUACAUAAAUGAAGCUUUAUCGUCCAUCAACAACUAUAUCCAGCAAUAUGACAAACGUUCUGACUUUAAUUUGAGCUUUUUAAUCGAUAUCCGCGAAUGCAAAAAGAUAAUGGGCUUUUAUUCAGCAUAUAUUACUUCUAUUAUUAUACCCUCCAUUGGUUUUACUGCGUCUUCGAGGAAAGAAACGAUUAAUACUUUGAGCUUAGCUAUUACAAAUCUUGAAUAUCGCGUCAACAAUUUGUUCUAUGCUUCUGUAAAGGUUUUGAGUGCCCAUUUAGAUUUUCUUAUAUCUCCAUACAAACACAUAUCAUACACUAUGUCAGAGGAGCAAAUUGAUACAUCACCAAAACAACGACAGUCUAUGACGAAGUUGGUUCAAACAUACCUUGAUCAGUUGUUGUUGUCUAUCCAAGAACUUGGUCCUAAUGAUCCCUCGUUGUUUGCUCUGAAAAAGAAAGCUGCAAUUAAUAUUGCCGCUGUAUUAAUUGGAUACGCAUUUCGCUCAAAAGUCACUCCAACUGGUGCCCUGAUUCUACAAGAUGAUUUGAACUUUUUUUAUUCAGCAUUACGAAGCUGGGGUAUUGAUGUAGUCAACAAUAAAUUUAGAACGUUGCAGCAAUUGCUAAGUUUAUUAAUGGUCAAAACUGAUGCUUUACCAGCGGUAAUGCAUGACAAGCGAAAGGCUGGCUUCAGCGAUAUGAAUAUACACGAAGUUCUGCGACUACGCUGUGAUCUCCCAGAAAAUCUACGUUUACAGACAAGUAAAGAGGAGAUAUUAAUAUCCCCUAAGAGUACUUAAAAUUGGUGCGGUCUGUAUGCUUUGAAAGGUUUCCAUUCACGGUUUUAUAAACUAUUGGAGUAAUUACUAAUCCUUUUUUAAUCUUUUACUAUUUAUUUCUUAUUUUAUAUGUCGUAAUGAUAAUAAAAUAUAUCUUUAAGUUCA